UCCUUGCCCGUGGACGUAGGCAAUCAAGUGCCGAACCACGUAAAUCUGUGUGUCUAUCAUUUUAUCUCUACUUUUGCUUUACUAUUGCUGCGACCCUGCUCUAUUGGGCCCCGAGUUUGUCCCAACACGAAUGACUUAGUCCAUAGCUACUGCUCUUCUGUUGCAUUUUAUAAGUAGCCAUCAGCUUCACAAAGAAACCAUUUCUUCUUCUUAUUCUAUGAUGAAGAGAUCCCUUAUCCUCCUCCUUACAUUGUGCUUCUUUCUCCUAUGCAGAACUACCCAUCUAAGCUUAGCUUGCCAAGAUAAUGAAAGACAAGCUCUUCUUACUUUCAAACAAAGCCUACAAGAUACCUGUAAUCUUCUCUCAGAUUGGAGAGGCGUCAACUGUUGCGAGUGGAGAGAAGUGGGUUGCGACAAAGAUACCGGGCAUGUGAUAAAACUCAGCAUCGGCCACUUGAUCACUGGCCAGUUUUCUGUAUGUCCGAUAACAAGCGAUAGUUUCGAUCGAUCUUUAUCUACCUUGAAAUAUUUGCAGCAUUUGGACUUGAGCAAUGUCGCGUUCUCCCCGGGUAAUAUCCCACAAUUUAUUGGUUCUUUCACAAAUUUGAGGUAUCUCAACAUCUCAGGAACUAGUCUUAUUGGUAAAAUUCCACACAAUCUCGGGAACCUCAAGUACCUGAAAUAUCUUGAUUUCAGUGAUAUUUCUUCGAAUUUAGUAGCUGAUAGCCUUCAGUGGCUCUCUCACCUGUCUUCUUUAAUGUAUCUCGAUAUGUCCGGUGUGAACCUAACUCAUGCAACUGAUUGGGUUCUUUCCGUUCAAGACCUCCCUUCUCUCUCUGUGUUGAAACUGUCUCGGAGUAAUUUGCCUUCUUCUCCUCUUGCUUCUGCUUCUGCUCUCAAUACUAACAUGUCAUCGAUCACAACGCUUGAUCUUUCGCAAAAUUCAUUCAGUGAUGGCACUAUAAUUGACAGGUUUCUGCUCAGCCUUAGCAGCAGUCUCGUUAAUCUCGAUCUUUCUUAUUGCUCAAUGUAUGAACCUUUUCCUCGAUCCUUGAAGAACUUGACAUCCCUCAAAGUUCUUGAUCUCUCUGCCAACAAUUUCAAUGGGUCUCUUCCAGAGAGUCUCGGCGAACUCUCUCAGUUGGAAAGCUUAGAUCUUCUUAGCAAUUUCUUACAUGGGUUGAUCCCCGGAAUACUUAGUCACCUCUGCAAUUUGCGCCAUUUAGUGCUUUCAAGAAAUAAUUUUGUUGGAGAUAUGUCCCAUAUGCUACAAGGUGAAACUAGAUGCAAGAGAUUUACUUUGGAGGAAUUGGAUUUAUCGUUCAACCAACUAAAUGGGAGCUUACCUGAUUGGGUUUGGCAUAUGCAAGAUCUCAGCAUGCUUGAUCUUUCUUAUAAUGCGUUGGGUGGCGUUAUUUCAGAUACUCAGCUUGCCAAUAUGACAAAACUGAAGAAAUUGUCGCUUACUGGUAACGGGUUGAUUCUUAACAUGAGCUCCGCUUGGGUGCCUCCUUUCAAGCUAAACACUAUAGAUUUGAGAUCUUGCAGAAUGGGUCCUCGGUUUCCUUCAUGGCUUAAGACACAAAGUGGAUUUGACUAUUUGGAUAUAUCUGAUGCAGGAAUCCUUGAUAUGAUCCCCAGUUGGUUUCCUAAUGCAUCUUAUGCAGCUGAUUAUUUGAAUAUAUCAUAUAACCAGAUAAGAGGUGAGAUUUCUACGUCGCUGAAAUUUCUAAGCGCCACAGUCAUCGACAUGAGCUCCAAUCUGUUUCAAGGAAAACUGCCUUUGCUGAACGCUAGUGUACAAUCUAUUCUUCUUGGUGACAACUUGUUUUCAGGAGAUACUCGACCAAUCUUAAAUGCAGAAAUGCUGAAUUUGAGGGAUGUUAUACUUUCACAAAACCUUCUGUCCGGUGAAAUUCCCUCAGCUAUAUGCAACUUGUCAUCCAUGCAACUCAUCGACCUCUCUAAUAAUUACAUAUCAGGAAAAAUUCCUGUAUGUCAGUCCUACAAUGCCUCGUUGCAAUCACUUUAUGUUAUAAAUUUGGCAAACAAUCACCUCAGCGGUUCGAUUCCUCCGUGGAUGGCUGGUCCAGUUCCUCACUCAGCACUUGAAUCCAAUUUGAUUGUAUUACGUCUGAACAAUAACAGUUUCCAUGGUGAAAUCCCUUCUUUCUUGAGAUACUGUAACAGUAUGACUAUACUUGAUCUUGGAGAAAAUAAGUUAACAGGGAACAUACCUUCAUGGAUUGGAGAGGGUCUAUCAUCAUCUUUGAGAUUUCUUCGCAUGCGCUCAAAUAUGUUAACAGGCAAAAUCCCACUACAACUGUCAUAUCUGACUUCUCUUCAGGUGUUGGACCUGGCACAAAAUAAGCUAUCAGGAGCCAUACCACAUUCAUUUAAGAAUUUUACUGCAAUGACUGAAGCAAAUAGGACAGUGGAAGACAUCAUCAACUAUAUAGAUGGCGCAUCUCAUUUAGUCGAAAUUGCGUCUUCGAAAUUUGAAGAGGUAGUAGAGGUGGAGGUAAAAGGAAGAGAGCUUGAGUACACAAAAACACUCUCUCUAGUUAUGGUCCUCGAUCUUUCAUGCAAUAACCUAUCUGGAGAACUCCCUUUAGAACUGAUGGACCUCAUCGGUUUGCAGAGCUUGAACUUAUCAAAGAACCAGUUGCAGGGAAAUAUUCCUGAUAAGUUUGGCGGCAUGGCACAACUGGAAGCUCUUGACCUGUCGAUGAACCGCUUAUCCGGAAAAAUUCCUGGGAGCAUAGCUUUGCUGACCUCAUUGAGUUACCUGAAUCUUUCUAAUAAUGACCUGUCAGGUAGAAUUCCAUCAGGCAACCAGAUUCAGACUCUCACCGAUCCAUCCAUUUACGCUGGAAACAGUGAUCUUUGUGGAUCACCGCUACCCAAAUGCCCAGGCGAUGAGCACUCCAGGGUUCCAACUCAAGGUGCAGGUGCUGAAGAUGAAGGCGGCGAUUCAGAUAUGUUCGAGCUGUAUCUCGGCAUGGGCAUAGGAUUUGUGGUCGGGUGGUGGGUUAUCUGCGGAGCAUUUAUUUUCAAAAACUCUUGGCGGGUUGCAUGUUUUCGGUACUACGAUCACAUGGAAGACAAGUUCGUCGCAGCAAUGGGUACUUUUCGAAGAAAGAUCUUGCUUGCGCAUCAAGGCCGAGAUUGAGCAACUUCAGGGCUAGUUACUUAAUUUAUAUUCACUAGUACAGAGAUGGCUCUCCCUUACCCAACUCCAAACUCCAUCGCCAACGACCAUCAAUCUAGAGAUCUCCGGCCAUUAAAGUUUAACCCUAGCGAUCUCCGGCCACCAUCUCCUCUUCCCAGAAUUUCCACCACCAUCUCCACCGCAGUCGACAUCCUUCGGAUUUAUUUAUUAUUUAAAAAUUGUAUUGAAUACAUAUCAAAUUAAAGGAUUUGAGAAUAGUGUCUAAUUUGUGAUUAGAAUUUUGAAUCAUGAGUAAAAAUGGGAGUGUGAUUGAGGUAAGGUUUAAUAGUUAUUUUUCUGGGGCUUUUCUCUAUGUUUUGAUACUAAAUGUUCUACUUUAGGCUAGUAUUUAUUAUGAAAUUAUAGUUUCUUGUA